AUGUCACUUAAAACCCCUAAAGGAACCACUGAUUUAAACCCUGAUGACGCACUAGUGUACGAAGAUUUAAUUGAUAGAACAAAAAAUAUUUUUAAAUUACACGGUGCAGUGCCUAUUGAUACACCAGUUUUCGAAUUAAAAUCAAUUUUACUAAAUAAAUAUGGCGAAGAUACUAAACUUAUUUACGACUUGAAAAAUAAUGGUGGUGAGGAAUGUGCACUGCGAUACGAUCUAACUGUCCCUUUUUCGCGGUAUAUGUCAAUGAACAAGCUAAAAAAAAUAAAAAGAUACCAGAUUGGAAAAGUGUACCGGAGAGAUCAACCAAGUGUGGUACAGGGGAGGUGGCGCGAAUUUUUACAAGCGGAUUUUGAUAUCGCGGGUGAAAGUCUUCCGAUGAUGGCGGAUUCUGAACUUGUAUGUUGUAUGAACAGACUACUAAAAACGUAUAAUAUUGGAGAUUUCGUAAUACGCGUAAGUGAUAAACGUAUUUUAUACGGUAUUUUUGAGGUGUGUGAAAUACCUAAUAAUCUUUUUGCAACUGUAUCUUCUAGUAUUGAUAAAUUAGAUAAAAUGGCUGUAAAUGAUAUUAAUAAAGAACUUAAAUUAAAAGGAUUAACAGAUAAACAAAUUAUUAAUCUUAAUAUCUACAUUCAAAAAUCGGGAACUGUGGACGUGUUAGAUUUUUUGAGAGAAAACGAUGUGUAUAAAAAGUGUAGUGAAGCGGUUGAUGAUUUAUGUAAAUUAUAUGAAUACUGCAAGAUAAUGAAGUGUUCUGACCACCUUAUUAUUGACUUAAGCUUAGCACGAGGACUGGAUUACUAUACUGGAAUGAUUAUAGAAGGUAAAUAUUUAAAUAAAAAUAUUGGCUCUGUAGCGGGUGGAGGUAGGUACGAUAAUUUAAUUGGAUCUCUUGAAAAUUCUUCGUAUACAAACACAUAUAACGUUCCAUGUGCUGGGUUUUCUAUUGGUUUAUCAAGGAUUUUUAGUUGUAUACAAAAGCCUAAAGUUAAUACAAAUGUAAAGGUCUUUAUUAGUGCGUCGGGUAAAUUAUUUUUAGAAGAAAGAUUAAAAAUUCAGAGUAUUCUUUGGGAAGCGAACAUCAGCCUCGAGACAUUUUACAAUAAACGAAAUAAUCCAGGAGAACACAAAAAAUAUUGUGUUAAACAUGGAAUAAAAUAUCUAAUAGUUGUCAAAGAAGAACAAUAUAAUAAAGGGUUUGUUACAGUAAUUGAAGUUAAUACUAACCUGGAAAAUGUUAUUAUGAUUGAUAAUCUACCUUCACAUUUACAAUAA